AUGUUGGACUGUACUGCUACCACUACACCCUUACCUUGUGGGCUGAAGCUCCAAUCUGGUGAUAGCCAACCACUCACUGAACCUGAUUUGUACAGAAGGAUCAUUGGUCGACCACUCUAUCUCAAUUUAAUAAGGCCAUACAUCACAUAUGGAGUUCAACAAUUAAGCCAGUUUGUUAAUGAGCCCUGCUCUUCUCAUUGGCACGCAGCCAUGCAUAUUCUUCGAUAUCUAAAAGGCACAGCUGAUCAUGGGAUUUAUUUCUCUAAAACUGGUUCUUUUACCCUCUCAGCUUACAGUGAUGUGGGCAUCUUGCAAGGACACAAGAAGGUCAGGUUCCUAUACCUAUUCCUCUGCGGUGUGACAAUAAGGCGGCCAUCCAUAUUUCAGCAAAUCCGGUGUUUCAUGAGCGCACAAAACAUCUCGAAAUUGAUUGUCACUUUGUUCGUGACAAAUACAAGGAGGGGUUUGUCCAUGCAUGCCGCUACCAAGAUUCAACUUGCAGAUUUGAUCGUCAAAAAUAAAGUGGUGAUUGUGAUGGGUCCAAUUGGCGCUGGAAAAUCCCGUCUCUUUAUCGACCUAGCUACUCGAUUCGAGGGAGAGAUUAUUAAUUCCGACAAGAUACAAGUCUACAAAGGCUUGAACAUAGUCACUAACAAAGUAACUAACCAAGAAUGCCACAAGGCGUCUCACCAUCUAUUAGGAAUAAUAGAAUCGAAUUCCGACUUCUCAGUGAAUGAAUUUAUCGAGCAUGCCACCAUGGCUAGCAAUGCCAUUGUCCACCAUGGCAAAUUGCCUAUAAUAGCCGGUGGUUCAAAUUCUUGCAUAAAAGCACUUGUCAAUGACAGCCUAGAGUUUCGAGCCAAAUACGAGUGUUGUUUUCUUUGUGUUGAUGUCGAUUCCACUUUGGUUCUCCGAAGCUCCCUAGUUGUCGGCCUCCAAGGAGCUUCACGGGCGAUUGCCGCUCAAUUUCUCGCCCGAUUUACUCUUUCAAUCGAGCUCGGGUCACUUGCGAUAAUGGGGGCCGGCGCCCCCCAUUUAGUUGACGAGGCCGAAGGCGUGUUCACUUGGGACGAGCUUCAACGGUUUGGAGACUCGUUUUCGAAUGAUCCUUUUGACCUCGCGGAUAUCCCUUCUUUUCUCGAUAUUCCCGACUCGGUUUUGGGCCGAGGUGUCUCUCUUCUAACCGGUUCGGGAGGACUUGGUUCUCCUUCGCGUGGGUCGGGAAACCACGCCGCUCUUUCGGCCAAUUCGGGUGGUCACGUUACCCCCUCGGUCAAUUCGGGUAAUCACACUUCCUCCUUGACCGACUCGGGUGAGAGUGAGGCUUCCGGAGUUGACAUUGAUAGUAGGCCUAGUCCUUUUUAUCGCAUGUCGUCCGACGACAUCGCGGAGUUCAAGAAGCUUUGCGAGCUUCCUACCGGUUGGAGUUUGUGA